UUGUUUGGUAACAACAGACACAUUGUGGGUUUGAACCUUUUCUGUGGUUGGCGUAUUCACUUUUUUUUUCACAGCCUACUUCAGAGUUAUGUUAACACAGGGAGGAUGCAAAAGAAUUAAGACUAGAGCAGUAUUUUCUCCCAGCGAGUUAUAGUCUGCAGCUAAUCGUAAUUGGCUUACAGCUAAGGAACACAUUUAAUCAAUACACUUUAUUAAAUAAACAUUCAAACCGACAGCAUAAAUACAUAUUUACAAAGUUGGGAGAGCUGAUUUAGGCUAAGUCUAAAGGACUGACCUUCCCUUCUACCCACUUUGACAAACGCUCAGCCUCUCACUCAUUCUUACUCACUCUUAAUAAUAUAUAUCAACGUGCUCUGAGCUUGGAGCGAGUGUCUGCCCAGGGUCCUGUGGUGUGUGGUCGUAUGUCUCCUGCUCUAGACUUCAGAGUCUCAGCGAUCAGAGGGCAGAAUCGCUUGUAGCUCUCUGACACAUGGGGUGUAACUCUAAUCUGUCUUGCGUGUGCCAACUUCUAAUAGGUCUCAUAUUAUAAUAAGCUCAAAUAAGGUCCUCUUCUGACUUUGAAUAUGAAGCAACCACUUUAUUUAUAUUUUUCUUUUAUGUGAAAUACGAAAUAAUAGAGUUUAAGCGGAGGCAGGACCAUGUCGUAGUGUCGCUUUGGUUUCCCAUAGAUGGCUCGUCAGAGUCCCACCCCUAAGUCAACUCAGUCGGUGCCUCCGUCACAUUCCUGUAGCUGCGUGUUGUAGUCAUAUGAACAGCGUCAGCGGACCAACAAGAAAGCUGCCUGAACAAUAACACUACAUCAGAGCAAAUGAGUCGCCCAACAGGCCUCCUCUUCACUUGAUAAAGUAACCACUAAGGCAGUCUUCCAAACCAGUGCCCCCUGAAUGCAAACCUGCAUAUGUGCCACCACCAUGCCUGGGUUAAACCAGUCAAUAUGUCCAGGCCAGCAGAAUCAUCUCAGCGAACCAAAAACUUAGUUUUAUACUGGUCAUCAUCACAAGUAUGAAACAAGUUUCAGUUCCUGAACCCAUAGACCAUUGUCAAUGUGGCGUAAUCAUAAGACAAACAGUGGUGUCACUAUCAACUGUAAUGAUGGGUCUGCUUUCAUAAACCAGGGCAGGACCCGCCUUGUUUAGCAGCAUUCAUCUUGUAUGAUUGUUGAAAUCGGAGAGUGCCCAUCCUUUCCACACUGGACUACGUUCCCCAUCUCCUCCCGACUCCGUCUUCCAGGCUCCAUCGGAUCAUUAAAGAGGCGGUUGCUAAGAGAUGACGGGCGGUGACAUCGUUGAGAGCCCCUGAUGUUGAGCAGCCUGAAGCUCCGCUCCUGGUUCACGCCACCUAGCUGCCGUGUGACAGAGCUCCGGGGACGAGGGGGGGGGGGGGCCCACUCACUUUCAGACCAUGGCCGCCUGUAUCAAAACCAGUGCAGCCGCCAGCAACAGCACCAACACCACUACCGCCACCACUGCCACCACUGCCACCACUGCCACCACCCACACCGCUGUGGGGGGGACCGCAGAGCCCAGCCCGGUGAGCGUGGAAGAACCAGCAUUCAGGAAUGGGGACGCGGCUUCCCCCAGCACCAGCACCAUCAUGGAGAAGACCCGGGAGCUGUUCCAGAUGUGUGACGUGGAGGGCAAGGGCUUCGUCACCCGGCGGGACUUGCAGCGGUUAAACGUGGAGGUGCCCCUCAACGCGGACGAGCUGGAGAAGGUGUUCGACACCCUGGACACUGACGGAAACGGCUACCUCACACUCAACGAGUUCUCUUCUGGCUUCAGUGAGUUCCUGUGUUCCCAGAGGAGCUCGGUGACGGAGGAGGCUAGGAGGCCGAGCAAAGGCAGGUCAGAAGCCAUGUCCCAGAGCCAGUGGGAGACCAAGCUGGUGGCCAGCGAGGAUGAGGAGGAGAAACACUUCUGCAUGCUCAUGGAGUCUCUGGGGGCAAGCAAUGUGUUUGAAGAUCCCAGUGAGGUGCGCAGUCUGUGGGCUCAGCUGAGUCGGGACGAGCCCCACCUCCUCUCUAACUUCGAGGAGUUCCUGGCCCGGGUGACCGUGCAGAUCAAGGACGCCAACCAGGAGAAGAGGGAGAUGGAGAGCGCCAUGAGAAGGAAAGCGGCCACACACGACGACGAGAUCCAGUCCUUGUAUGAGGAGAUGGAGCAGCAGAUUAAAGAUGAAAAGGACCGUAUCCUCCUGCAGGAUUCCGAGCAGUUCCUGGCUCGCAGCCAAGACCUGGCGGUCCAGCUGUCCAGCAAGGAGAGCGAGCUGGACCAGCUGUUCCAGAAGCAGAGCAGGUUGGAGCGGCAGUGCACGGAGCUGCACAGCGAGCAGCACGUGACCAAAGAGGAGAACGUGAAGCUGAGGCAGACCAACGAGGAGCUAGUGUCGGAGCUGGACCUCACCAACCAGGAGCUGGCGCUGGCCCAGGAACAGCUGGGCCAACUGCAGGAGCAGUCCUCACGCCUCCAGCAGCAGAAGGAGAUGGAGAUGUACAGGAUCACUGAGGGUCUGCAGAGGGAGCAGGCCAGCCUGAUUAAACAACUGGACCUGCUGAGGGAAAUGAACAAACACCUUCGGGAUGAACGUGACAUGUGCUACCUGACACCAAAGAACUCUGUGCCAAACCAAAAUUGCAGCCAGAUGCCGUUUUUAAAUACUGUGAAUCCUACAACAAAGCGGUUAAGCGAGGAGGUCAGAGGGAUCCCCCGCGCAGCCAAGGACGCCCCCCCAGCCAGCAGGCCCGCACCCCUGUGGACCCCCAGCCAGGGGGAGGCUGCGGAGGGCCGGACGGGGGUGCGCUCCAGAGGACACCUCCAGAGGAUCAUCUCCAUCGAGGAGGACCCCCUGCCCCAGCUGCUGCAGGCCCCGCCCCCGCUGCAGACCUGGAGCCGGCUGGAGGAGGAGGUGGAGGAGGUGGAGGAGGCGGAGGAGGAGGAAGAGGGCAUGGACUUGGUGAUGAGCGAUAUCCGCUCCCCCGCGCCCCAGGCAGCACGGGACAAAGACGCGCCCGCCUCCCCCCGAGGUCAGCCGGUGGGCAAGGAGACCAGCUUUAAGGAGGAAGCGGCAAUCUUGCCCCCUGACCGCCUCUUCAAGAUCAUUCUAGUGGGGAACUCCAGCGUUGGGAAGACCUCCCUCCUGAAACGCUUUUGUGACGACUGCUUCCACCCCGGCACCUCGGCUACUGUGGGCGUGGACUACAGUGUGAAGACAAUACUGGUGGACAACAGCCAGGUGGCGCUGCAGAUGUGGGACACGGCAGGGCAGGAGAGGUACCGCAGCAUCACCAAGCAGUUCUUCCGCAAGGCCGACGGCGUGGUGGUUAUGUACGACAUCACGUCUGAGCUCACUUUCACCGGCGUGAGGCAGUGGUUGACCAGUGUGCAGGAAGAUGCAGAUGAGGAAAUCCCUGUAAUGAUCCUGGGGAACAAAACAGACAAGGAGAGGGAGAGGGAGGUCCAAACUGCAGCGGGGGAGAGACUAGCUAAGGACGGCCAGUUCAUCUUCUAUGAAUGCAGCGCGUGCUCGGGACACAACGUGAUGGAAUCCAUGGUGCAUAUGGCGAGGAUACUGAAGGAACAAGAGGACAGAGCCAAGGAGAAGACGGUCCUUCUGGCGCACAGCCCCUCACAGAAGACGCGUGCGUGCUGCUGACCACACACGCAUGCACACGCACACACGGUGAAGUCCGUCUCUGGGUGUAGUAGACUUUGCAUGGACUUUUAGACCGCAAACUCUGUUCUCCCACUCCCUUUACUGUCAGCUCACAGACCCAAUGGUUCAGUCGCACAUUCAAGAGCAUAUUUUAAAGAUAUUUUAUUAAAAAUAUAUAAAUGGUUACGUGUAAACAGUAAAAAAUAGAUUAAAAUUGUAUUUUUGUAGUAGUGUUGUACAUAACCCGAUGUUAUUACUGAUGUUCUAUUGUUGGAUAUGUUGUCAGUGUUAUUUAUCAAAGAUUUUGUGCCAGUCAUUGUAUUGAUUGUAUUGGCCACCACACGUAUUUAUUUAUCAUCAAUGUAUCUUUAGCAGGCCCAAGAUAUGAAUGAUUAGAGGACUGAUGGAAAGACCAAGGAUGUACAAUGGGUUUUACUGUUUGGCAUUGGACUAUUGUCACGCUGCACUUUGAAACGGUUAAUAGCAGAAAUCAUAGUAACAAUACAAUCACUUUAAUUUCAUAGCACCUUUCAUUACAAUUCACAAAGUGCUUCACAUUAACACAUGGCAAUGACAGUAUAAUGUAAUGAAAGAAUGGUGAUCAAAGGAAAACUGAAUAACAAAUAUGGGCUUAACUGAGUGUGAAAAUCAUUGUUUAUUGAUGUUAAUUGUGGCAUUUUGAACGGCUCAUUCAACCAAUUAUCCUAAUGUUUACAUUCCCCAUUACAUUCUUAUAGCCUUCUGACUAUGUGGCCAUCGAGAUUCACCAACAUUUCGCAUCCACUUGUUUUGUCUGCUUAAUGCUUGAAUGGCUCACGAUUCAGACUUGUACUUCUAAUCAGCGCAGGGUGUUCCCGACAUGUUGUGAGGCACAUAACCCUGACAUUUGGUCUAAAUAAAGUGUUGAGCGGGACAAUGGG